UUAAAAUCUAUGCAUCUAGUUAACUGGAGAUAAAUUGUAUUUUGUUUUGUAGCUAUUCUAGAAAGUUUCAAAAUUACAAGUUAGUUCGUAUUGCUUAGAAAUGGCCAGAAUCCUCGCCAGCUGGCUGUGGGUCCUUCGAAAGAUUCGCCUGCACUACGAUGUGAUCGGUCAUAUUGCCGCAAUCUGCUUUCUUGUGCUGGGUGUCCUGGACUAUGGGUACUCCUUCCACGGAAGGGACCUCCUCUGGUGGCGGCAAAAGGUGCUGCAGGAGGAGAUAACUCCCCUGUCUGUACUUCUACACAUUGGUGGCGUGAAGAUUGCCAUUAUCCUGGUCCUCACCAUGUGGAGCUAUACUCGUCAAGCGGCAGAGAGGCGUUGGCAGAGACAACGGGACAUGCCCAUCACUUGUGUUCGCAAGCGGUACUGCCGUUUCCUAAUUAUGCGCCUGCUGGCGUCCUUGGACCAGCUCAUCCACCAUCACCCUCGAAUGGAGGACUUCCUGGAGCGGCACAAGGACUUCGCCGAUGCAGUGGAGCUCUUUCGCUGGCAGGCUCGAAAGCUCUUCGAACGAACGGAUCUGCAACUCUGCCUGCCACUCCAUGAGGUUCUUUCAGUGGAUGAUCAGCAGGAGCAGGACCUCCUCCACCAGGGCUACGAUGAGAAAUUACAGCGGCUGCGGGAAAUGGACAUUCACAUGAUGGUCUACGAAAACUGAAGGGGUUGGGGUUGUUACAAAACCGCUUUACCAGUUGCCAAACUUUUUAAUUGGGUUUCGGCAACAAUCUUGGGUUGGCUGUUGUUAAUUUCACUUUGCCAACAUGUUAAUUUUAAUGCAGCACACGCGUGUGAGUGGGGUUCCCAGGUCCCCGAAGUGGCAGGUCCUCCUCCCUUUGCCCAGAUAACUUCGCUGGAGUGCGGAUGGGGCAGAUGUCAUGGUAUCCUCGAUGGCAGCUGGGCUUGAAUUAAAGUUUCCUCACAAAAAAUCGAUGUGUUAUUUAAAUUAUAUUAUCUUAAUUAAUGCAGAAAUAAUAGAAUGAUAUUGUAUAGUCUUUUCCA